AUGUAUUCAGGGUCACCCGUUACAAUGAUACAAUUAAUGAUUAAUGAAAAGCCAAACGGUUCUACUGCAUUGCAUGCAGCCUCUUUCUAUGGUCAUUAUGACAUUGUAAGAUUAUUACUCAAUGCCCGUGCGAGUCGAUCAAUAAAAAAUAAAUACGAGUGUUUACCUAUUCAUGAAGCAAAAACAUCUCAAAUCCGAGAGCUAUUUCUACGUAAUGAAAGUAAUCGUUUCGGUGAUGAUACUGGUAACUUACAAUGGACAAAAGUCGAUUCAACAAUAUAUCAGCAAGCACUCUAUAAACGACUGUGGCUAAAAUCAGCGUGGAGCGAACAUAAAAUGUUAAAUAAACUUGAUUGGAUGAUUGAAAGCUGUCUUAUUCAUAAAGUGCCUAUUCUUUCUGAACGAUCAGAGAUACAAUCUUAUUUUCGUCAAGCCAAACUGACUAGAGAUCCUUCUUAUCUGAUUAAAGCAUAUACGGCAGAAACUGAUUAUUACAAGAAGUUAAAUAGAGAUUUUGCUCUAGAAGAUUUUGAUAAAGACUGGACUUCGAACAUGCAACAAUGGAUUGUAAGUACUCUUUAUAACCACAUAUCUCUAGAACAAUUUUGUUUUAAAGGAAAAACGUAUCGUGGAAUGAAAAUGAAUGCUGCUGAUAUUGCAGGAUACGUAAUCGGCACUCGAAUAAUGAACAAAUCAUUUCUAUCGACAUCGAAAGAUCAAUCAGUGGCUGAAGAAUUUGCUCGACAACCAAGUAAAGAUAUUCAACUUCAGCAUUCUGUUCUAUGUGUAUACGAAACGAGAAAUAAUCGAACUGCAUUAGAUAUUGAAACAAUGUCAGAAUAUCCGCAUGAGAAAGAGGUGCUUAUAUUACCCUAUGCCGCUUUCAAAGUAGUAAAUAUAAUACCGUCAACAUCGUCUGUAUCAUUGCCUAAUGACAAUAAAAAACAGCUGAUUAAAGCUCUGGAUUUUGAGAUACAUUUAAGAGAAUGCAAAUCGUUUACCAAGGAAACGGUACAAAAGUUGAAAUUUCAAUUCACAAAUGCCCAUAAAUCGUCGAUGAUGGAUGAUUUCGAGCUCGAACAGCAGUUAGCAUCAUACAGUUUCUAA